CGGUAGCGUCGGCAGUCACACGCGCGCCGCAGCCCCGCACGGACGUCCCGCGCCGCCACUGAUCGCGCCCGAUCACGCUCACGAAAACACAUCGUAGGUAACACCACUACCAUGUGAUCAAAAUACCAACGCCGAAUUAUCACUGAGCACCAAAAAAAAAAGCGACGGAAAAAGUUUCUCGACUUUCACUUUUGAGGUUAUGAGUUUUCCGCUAAUUUUCCCGACGUGCGAUAAAGUUUCGUGUAACAAGUUUUUCGGAGAGUUUUCGGUGGAGUGACGAGACGCGUCGGGUUGGGGGUUGCAUAACAGUGCAGCGAAGGUCGGCCGAGCGAGCGGGAAACCCGCCUCUAGAAUACCUACGUGAAAAGAAAACUCCUAGAGCUAGGCUGUGCCUGUAGUAGACACGUGACGCUGGAUUUGGGCCGUUUUCAGUGCAUUGACUCUGUGCUGCGUUCGACUGUUACGAAACCGCUUCAGGCAAAAAGUCUGCCAGAAAAAGUUCCUUUGCCUUCGCCCGGCGACAGUAAUCUGCUAAUUGCUUCACAAAAAUUCUGUCGUCACGGAGGUCCCAUUUAGACGGCGUAGGCCGGUCUUUAGGCGGCCUUUUCGCGCGUUCUCACCGUUUGAACAAACAUUUAAAAAUGUGACGUGAAUUUCUUAAUUAAAAGCAAACACUGAUUCCGUCUCUUGAUUUUUGUAGUUCAGUGAUAAUCGUGGCGAUUGUGGUGCGGUCGAGAAAGUCCCGGUAUCGCUGUGCAAGUAGCGAGGUGACAACUAAUACAUGUGUUUGUGGAUUUCAGCUCACAAGGAAACACCGGAGAGAAAUGGUUCUGGUACCCGAUACCUUCUCGAUUCUAUACCGUAUUGUCGAUUUGUACUAGUGUUGUUAACCGCAAGUGGACAGUGAUAUGAAACGUAUGUGCGCGAUAUACGAAAGUGACACUUCGUUGGGAAAUAGGUGCGGUCAGCAAAAUAUCCCAGUAGGUGUGUAACGGAACGGUCAUAUUUGAUAUCGGAGGCUCGCGGUUUUUUGCUGUCGGUACCGGACUUUACGCAGACGGUAUCCAGUACAGACCGCGGCCACCGCGAACCGACCGCACCCGUGUCGCAAGCGCCACUCUGUCGCCCAAACCACGUCUAGUGAUAGCGUGGAACCGUCAUGGAUGCGAGUGGUGAGCAGCGAGUGUUUUUUCGUGUGUUCCACGCUAGCCGGACUGACGAGCCGGUGGUGUAGGUGGUAGUUGUGGAGGCGGGGUGCAGUGACGGCGGGGGCGGGGCGGCCAUGGGCGCGGCGCGUCAUGCGGCUGCGCACGCGCCCGCUGCGCCUGCUGCUGGCCGCGCUGGCGCUGGGCUGCUGCGCCGCCGCGCCGGCGCCCGACGCGCGCGCGCAGCGCUCGGCCAACCUCAGCCACAUCACGGGCACGUCCCGGAAUAUACAGAUGUUCCUCAAGAACAGAUACCUGCAGCUGCUGCCCGACGGGACCGUCAACGGCACCACCGACGGGAACAGCGUUUACACUAUACUACAGCGAGCGACAUACAAGGUUGGCCUCCUCACGAUCCAGGGGGUGUCCACCUGCCUCUACCUCUGCAUGGACGCCUGCGGGUUCCAGUACGCACAUGACCUCUCGGACGACUGCAUGUUCGACGAGCACAUAGAAGCAAACAAUUACAACACGUACUCCCGAAUACGGAACGGGAAGAAGACGUUCUUAGCACUAGACAACCGGGGCCACUCGCGUCGGAUGCAGAUCCCGCUCGGCCGGCCGCUGGGCAACCUGUCGGGGUAUGCCCUGACGCUCACGAGGAAGUGGGAGGGCGAGAAGCAAGCGCAGUGCGCCGCGCGACGACACAAGGGCAAGCUGAAGCGACCGCCGCCGUUCCACCGCAACUGCGCGCGCCGACUCCAGAAGCAGAACCUGCGGAUGAAGAGGAAGAACAAGAAAGCGAACGAUCCGAAGAAGAAGGGCAGGCACCCGAAGGCGAGGAGAAAACACGAGUCGACGUCGACGACGACGGAGACGUGGGAGGAUUCGUCGACGACGGACAUGGAGUUUUUUCGGUCGACGACCGCGCGGGAGGCGGCCGCGCGCUCCUGAGCCCCCUCGCCCUCGCCGCCUCCGUCGCACUGCUCCGCUGAUGCGGUUCCUCUAUGCCAGGCGUCAACUGAAUCUCUAUCAUUCCUCUUCUCUCCCCCCACGUGAUGUCUAAGCGCUCUCUCUCUAUGUCUCUUCGCCGGGGCUCGUCCAGUGAACGUGAAUUUCCGACUCGAACAUUGUUCUCUCACGUGUUUAGUGUAAACUCGCAGCUGUAGCAAUUAGAAAAUCGAAUACUCAAUUUCUUAGUCGUUUUAACGAACAAUUACCUUCAACAAGACAAUACUUGAUAGCGUGUUCUACUUUACGUACUCAUCUAACAAUAAAAUUUAUGAUAUUAUACUACCAAAGUUAACUGAAAUUAUCUAUCUCAAUUUUAUAUUCCUAGUUCGCUUUAAAACUUAGGUUAUCGGCAAGAUUCCAGUUGUCUUACUAGUAACUGAUACUUAACAUGGUAAUAUUAGAUGUUUUAAUUCAAUUGAGUAAAUAAUAUAAUAUUAACUAUGUAAGUAUUUUUGGAAUGGUGUCAUAAGAAGGUUUGGUAGGUACAUGGAACUGUUUUAGAAUGGAGAAAACAGUGAUUCUUGUUGAUGAAAUGACAUUAUAUAAGUAAAUCAAUAGGGGAAAAAUACUAAAGAUAACACCGAAGUAUCAUGCUUUCUUUUCAUUAGGAAAGUCAUGGUUACUCACAUUUUUUUUUUAUAUGAAAUGCUUCUAUUUUAAUACGGCCUUUAAUAAAAGAUUACUUACUACUCAAUAUCACAGAUUUAUUUUAAAGGCUCAGUUAUUUGUUAAUGGACCUCUACUAAUAAUACAAGGCAGUAUCGAUACUAUCGAUCCCGUCACAUCAUGCCAAUGUCGUGUAUUUACGUGAAAUUCUCUGAAAAACUAUGUCACUAUGAUUUUUUUAAAUUCAAAUAAUUUCAUCCUCAAGAAUUGCUGAACGUAUUGUACUUAGAAGAGUGCUGCGGUGUAAUUUCAUAAGAAAUUGACUGAAAUAAUUAUAUUGGACUGAGUAAUGUAGGACUUGUUGGUUUUGGUCUAGAGUCUAGGCUAUGAGUAGGGUACGUAUAUGUGCGGCGGAUGGCUAUUCUCCUGUGUUUUCUUCAUAGGACCGAUGAAUGAGGUAAAAGGUCAAUCGAUCGAGUCAAGAAGUGUCCGAAACGUUAACUACACAAGGCCAUUUGCCUCAGUCCAAGGUAUGUAGUGAUAAAAUACCUAAUCACGGUGUGAAACAAUAAUUAACUGUAAAACGUGUAUGUAAUUUGUAAAUUUAUUUAUUUUUCAUAUAGAGAAAGCCGUAUUUUGUUAACGUUUUAGUUGAUUUUAAUAAAUUCUCUUUCCCUUUUACUCCAAGACGUAGUUGUGUAGGAAUCAUACGCUUGUACUUUUAGUGAGCCAAUUUUUGUAUUAUACUCUUUGAAUGUCGUUCAGUAACCCUGUGUAACGAUCGACAGUGUCGGAAAAUCAUGUUCCGUCUUUGUGUUAACAGCUUUACUGAACGUAUUUUUGCAAAACAUUCUUUUUAGUAAUGUCCCUCGCAUUCAGAUUAUUGUAUAGAAUAUCAUAAUUGUAAUCGAGAAGUUGUCGAUAUCAUCAACAGUUAACAUUAAUAAUUAGUUUUGUAACUACAUUAAUACUUAAUCAUAAUUUUACUGCAACUAUCACACUGCCAAUUAAAAGUCUUUAUGCUUUAGGCUUUAAAAAAAUUCUUAUUUAAGAACAUAAAAAAUAUAUCUGUAAAUAUCUUCCAGAAUGUAGAUGAUGCUUAGUUAAGUCUACUUGAGUGUUGGUGAUAUCGACAACAGAAGCGUGAAUGUGAUUGUUUGCAAUUUUAAUUGAUUUGUGAAUAUUUUGUAUGUACGGGAAAAUAUAUUUAAUAAUCUUAUUUAUACUUACGUCUUAUUUUAAGGUUUAUAACGAAAAGGGCGUGAAAUCUGCGCAAAGCAUUUAUGGGUGGAUCUGCCCUGCUUUUCAACAGUUUAGAUUUUUUGCCCCUUUCGAGUCAUUUUACAUUAUUUAAAUUAUUAUGUUUCCGAGUUUGUUAUUAAUUAUUAUACUUGACUCGUUAUGUACUGUAAAUGAUACAUCGAUCUAUAUUUUUUGUAGGUUUAGUUAGAUGCAGUAUUUCGAUAUUGUGAAAAUGGUACUCUGAUUUAGUAUCUAGUAGCGUUGUAGGUAGUUUUUAAUUUAAACAUUCUAUAUGGUCAUUAAUUUAAGUAAGACAGUCAGAAUGAAGAGUUCCGUAGGUAGUGAUUUUAUCUGUACAUCUGCAUCAUCCGUGUCUUAUAAAAAUGAAAUUAUUAAAAUAUGAACUUUCUGAUAAAUACAUUUUAAACAUGAAAUUUCAACGUUCACCGUGCGUAGCAAGCUGUAAUUGCAAGAAUUACCUAAUCAAGAUGUGCGGUCACAUUUAUGUGAUAGUGUAUCUGGGUAUAUUUUUGCGCAUGUGCCAUAAUAUAUAACCCUGGGAUAAGUUCAAAUGUCAGAUUAAGUACAAUUGUCAGUCCUUGUUUCAUUUAUACAUACACAAUACAUCACAUUAACAAUAAUUACUUACUAAAUAAAAUACAUCAUGAAUCUUACGAAAGCCAGGAGAAGAAUGUAACAGUAUUAUACUUAAUUAUUUCGAUACAUUUACAGUAUUUGUAUAGUGACAUUUGCUUUGUGCAUUUAUCGAAAUUGUAAAACAGUUUGAUCUGUGAAGAAAAAAAAUAUCAAACCUACUUAAAAUGUUUCUAGACAUUUUUUAUAUCAUUAAACAAAUCCAGGUAAAUGUAGGUAACAAACAAAAAGGAAACUUUUAGACAAUAACUUUUUACAGUCACGUUUACUGAAAUAAAUUACAAUCCUGUA